UUGAAAAAUUUGCUCCUAUUUAUGAAACCCCUCGGCCAAGGCACGGCAUACAUGUUAAUCCGAAAUACUUGCGGCAGUCAACUGUGGAUAGUGUAAGCUGUUUUGUGACAUCUCUGUCUUCAAUACAAGGGACGAGGCUGACGCUUCAUUAGCUGAUACCCUAACUGUAGUAGGACACAUCAAUUUUUAUCAAGCAGUAGCAGGCUUUGAGUAUUGCUGUCCCCUUCAGGAAUUGGACUUGAUAGGCCUUUGUCUGCAUCCAUGAGUGAAUAUGCAGUUGCUAGCUGGUUAUUUGAGAGAGACUAUCCUCAUCCGGCUGUUGAUUUAGGAGUAGCCAAAGCAUUAGGUAGACAUGUGGAGGUUAGUGAAUGGCAACGAAAACGAAAACAAUUUCCAGCUUCUAUCACACACAGCUUUAUCAAUGGACAGCAGCAUCAAAGUCCAAGAGCUUUAAUUGAGGCAUAUGGUAGUGACAAAAGCCAACAAACUUCAAGCAGCAAGUCUUUGUUAGUUGAACCACUGGAUAUAAAUGGUAUAGACAACAUGUCAACUUCAUUGCAGAAUACUGAAGAGGAGGAGUUUGAUUGGGAAGAUAUGAGUCCAACCUUAUUGUCUUCAACUAUUGGUUUCUCCAGGGAAAGGCCUGUUGUUCCAGCUAAUGCAACUUUGUCAGAGCAAGAUGCCAGCAAGGGAUGGGGUAUUAGAGAUUUUCGUCAUGCACCAUUGGGUGAGGUACCUAGAUUCCAAAAUCAAAUCAAUUAUAGUCUAGGCUCUUCUCAACCUCAUGAUCCUUCGAAGAUUUCUCUUCAUCUGUCUAACUCAUCACAACAUAACUUUAAUAAUAGGGGGCGAGCAAGGAGUCUCACGAUCCCUCCUGUUGAUAACAUUCGAAAUACUGAUAUAAACCCAUAUCUGGUUCGACCUACAUCUUUUGAAAUAAGGCCUUCUACAAAUUUGAAUGUCACUCGACCUCCUACCUUAAAUCCAAUAACUCCAUUGCAAAAACGUGUUAGGAAUCAGUUUGAAGCUACACAUACUAGUGACCCUAUUGUGAACCAUGUAAAUAAAUCUUCGUUUAUGCCAGAACAGUCAUUUGACCGUAUUGAGAACAAGGAUGCAAGUAUUUCUAAGAUACAUCAGUUGCCUAAUCAGCAUCCCGGACUAAUUUCAUCCAACCAGCAAAAUCACGGGCAAGCACCACAGCUGCAGUUUUUUCCAUCUCAGGAUCCAACGCCCUCUCAAUUUAGUCCUGGGAGUUCAUUGCAGCUACAUGAUGCUUCUAUUAGUACAGCCAUGUCAAAUCCGUUACAUGGUAUACAAUUCCCUUCACCAGUCCAAAGCUUUGCAAAUAACCCUUUCAUUAGAUAUACUAGUUUAAUUAGUUCUCUAAUGUCUCAAGGCGUGAUCUCAUUGGCUAACCAGCUGCCUGCACAGGAUUCUAUUGGAACUGAGUUUAAUCCAGAUAUUCUGAAGGUUCGUCACGAGUCUCCAGCAAACGCCUUGUAUCGUGAUCUCCCUAGACAAUGCAAAACUUGUGGGCUCCGAUUCAGAUGCCAAGAGAAACACAGUAGUCAUAUGGAUUGGCAUGUGACUAAGAAUCGGAUGUCUAAAAGCUGUAAGCAGAAGCCCUCUCGCAAGUGGUUUGCGAGUCUUAAGCUGUGGCUUAGUGGUGCAGAGGCAUUGGGAACAGAAUCAGUUCCACAUUUUUUGGCAACAGAAAGCAUAGAUUAUGAAGAAAGGAAAGAUCAUGAAGAGUUUGCAGUGCCAACAGAAGAGGACCAGAGUACAUGUGGGUUAUGUGGAGAGUCUUUUGAUGAGUUUUACAGUGAUGAAAUGGAGGAAUGGAUGUAUAGAGGAGCUGCAUACCUCAAUGCACCCGCUAGAAAAACAUCAGCAGGCAUGGAUAGGUCACAGUUAGGCCCCAUAAUUCAUGCUAAAUGCAGAUCAGACUCUAAUCUGCAGUGUGCCAAUGAAGAGGAUACUCGAAGGAAACGAAUGCGGAGUUGA